CAAUGCAAAUUGUUUAGCUGUACAAGCUUUCCUUAAAAUGUGUGGCCUUGAUUUUCAAAUAGAACCAAGAAGCAAUGCAGAAUAUAUGUCCCCAUCUGGCCGCAUACCAUUUAUUAAAUGUGGGGCAUUUUUAAUAUCCGAAUUUGACAAUAUCGUAUCAUUCAUAGGAAAUAAAGGCAGAAGUUUGUCAGACAAAUUCAACUAUUAACUUAAAAACAUUUUGUAUUGGAAUGUUAAAUGACAUUCUUUAAACCACAUGGCAGACCAAGAUAAUGCAGAUUACUAUGCACUUUGUACAAAUGACCAAAAUAAAACAGAAGGUCUAAAUGAAAGGCUAAUAGAAAGGAGCAUAUCUCAAUCAUUAUGUGACCUAAAUAGUAGCAAUAAUAGUGUUACAGUUGAAAAUGCAGCAUCUGUUUCUCCAUUAUUAAGUCACUAUAAAUAUCAUCGUUUCUCACAUCAUGAUAGUCUAGUUAAUUUUUCAUCUUUACCGACGUAUCUUCCACCCAUUGGUGUAUUUUGGUAUAUAGAAAAUUGCCAUGUACCAAAAGGAAGGUCUGCCAUGGCUGCAACCCAAGUAAUUAGAGAAAAAUUUUUUGGUGGUUAUAGGGAAGCAGAAUUUAUUGUAGUUUGCGAUGUCUUAAGAGAAAAUAGUCGGGUUAUGAAAGAAUUGAAUAAUGCUCAGGUUAAUUUAAUACAUGUUGCUGGAGAGUAUAAAAAAUGCUGCUGACGAGAAACUCAAACAAUCUAUUAGAAGAUUUGCUGAU